GAGGUCAAAGUAAACUGGGCAACAACACCAAGUAGCCAGAAAAAAGAUACAUCCAAUCACUUCCAUGUGUUCGUUGGGGAUUUAAGUCCAGAAAUAACAACAGAAGAUAUCAAGUCAGCGUUUGCUCCUUUUGGUAAAAUAUCGUAAGUAUCGGAAUAAACGUUGCCAAUAUCAGUUAGAAAAUAGGACAGUGGAAAUUUUGUUCUGACUUGAAAUGUUAUUUUGUACCUUUUAAAUGAUUUUUCUAAUGUUGAUUUCUUUGUUGGGUGGGCAGUGAAGAGGGGUUAUUAUUAUUUCAUGUCUGUAUCUGUAUCACGCGUUUGUAAAUCCAGUCAUGUAAUUGUGCUCCAGUUUUGCUGAAAGCAGAAUGCUUCUAAGUUAUAUGCUAAUAUGUUUCAGAUUCUUGUUAAAAUUUAAUGACUGUUCCUGAGUGUGACUUCUUAUUGUUCAGAAUGUGUACAGAAUAGUGACUUUGCAAGUGCAAACGUUGCAUCUUCAGCAUAUGUUAUUCAUACUGCAUUUCAUAGGCAGUAUAGAAAGCUGCUUAAUCAUAAAACAAAUCUAUGAAGCAACCAGUUGCACGGCUUAUGAAAAUUUUCAAAAAGUUAAUAUUUAUUGGAAUAAAUAACUUUUCCAGAUAACAACUAAGAUUACAGUAAAUCAGGCAUUGAUUUCAAAAUUGUAUGUGCACACUUCCGUGAGUUAAGAGAGAGUUUAAGCUUCUCUCAGAAAAUCCAGGUGAUAACAAAUGUGAUGUUACGUUUUUACUGAACAUACUUGACGUUACAAGAAUGCCUGUAAGUUCUGAAGUGCGUAUGUAAGAGUACUGCUACAAAAAAAGUCUGUAGAUCUGUUAUUGGCUUAUCUUUAUAGAAAUCCUUUAAAGUUGCACAUGUUCUUGUACUACCUCAUGGGAAUAUAUUUCUAAGAGCAGAAUUCUUAUUUUUCUCUUGUUCUGUACGCAUAUUUUUAAUUGAAUCAUAAAUCUUAUUUCUUACCUCUGCUGUUUUGUUUACUUUUUGUCUCUUAAUGUGGUAAGUAGUACUGUUUGAAAAUGGAUAUAAGAGAAUAAUUCAGGUUUCUGUUUCUCAAUCUAUAUUUAUACCUGAGACCUGCAGUUUUUCUAAAGUCCAAGUCACAAUUAAAAGUAAUAGCAUUCUGGUUAUUUUGCAGAAUUGCUCAUAAGAAUGGACAGGAUCUUGAAGGCUAACUGCAAGGAACUGUGCACACUGGAACUCAGUUGUAGAUUUUUUCUCAUUUCUAUUUAUUCUUAUUAUACAUUAUUUAUUAUAUACAUAUUUUAGUAUUUACAUUUUAACAUUCUAUAUUCAGUGCAGUUCUAUAUUUCCAAUCAUUUUAACUUACUCACUAAAAUUUCUGUGUAAAUUUGUUGUUUUCGUACUGGUGUGCUUAGCAUUGUUGUUAGUUUUAUUCUCCUUUCUUAAAUUUCUGAAAAUGUCAAUUUUUCAAAAUUUACAGCUGCCCAAACUCCAAAAUGAUGGUAGAGAAUUGACCAAGAAAAAUAAAGAAAUCUGUUAACAGGCCAUGGAUGCACGGGUAGUUAAAGAUAUGGCAACUGGAAAAUCAAAAGGCUAUGGUUUUGUAUCUUUUUAUAACAAACUGGAUGCAGAAAAUGCUAUUGUACACAUGGGAGGCCAGUGGCUGGGAGGCCGUCAGAUCAGAACCAACUGGGCAACACGGAAACCACCAGCCCCCAAAAGCACACAAGAAAAUAAUACAAAACAAUUAAGAUUUGAAGAUGUAGUAAAUCAGUCAAGUCCAAAAAACUGUACUGUGUACUGUGGAGGAAUUGCUUCUGGCCUAACGGAUCAACUUAUGAGGCAGACUUUUUCACCAUUUGGACAGAUAAUGGAAAUAAGAGUGUUUCCAGAAAAAGGUUACUCAUUUGUCAGAUUUUCAACUCAUGAAAGUGCAGCACAUGCUAUCGUUUCAGUUAACGGAACCACAAUUGAAGGACAUGUUGUUAAGUGUUAUUGGGGUAAAGAAUCUCCUGAUAUGACUAAAAACUUCCAACAGGUGGAUUACAGUCAAUGGGGGCAAUGGAGCCAAGUAUAUGGAAAUCCACAACAGUAUGGGCAAUAUAUGGCUAAUGGAUGGCAAGUACCAUCAUAUGGAAUGUAUGGCCAAGCAUGGAAUCAACAGGGUUUUGGAGUAGACCAAUCUCCAUCUGCUGCCUGGAUGGGUGGAUUUGGCGCUCAGCCUGCCCAGGGACAAGGUGCUCCAGUAAUACCUAACCAAGCUGGAUAUGGUAUGGCAAGCUACCAAACGCAGUGAGCUGGGACUCUGUUUAACAGUGUGUAUUUCAUGAUAGGCUGCAGUUUCCAGUGACACUCUGAAGACUGGAAUGUAGACAAUGAAAAAAAAAAAAAAAGAAAAUAUUUAUUUUAAAAAUGGAAAUGUUUGGAACCUUUAGCACAGCUUUGCUUUGGUGAAGGACACAAAUGUCUUCUAGUUCUGCCUUUUUAAGUUUUUGUUCAUGAUGGAUAUGAACAUGUUUUUCUUUGUGUACAAAAAUUAAAAAUAAAGUCAAUAAAGACAAUUCUGACUACAAAUUUUGAUAUAGUAGGAGAAAUGGCUAAUGAAUUUGAUCCUUAGGUUACCAUUCCAUUUUUUUUUGUUCUGUCUUCAGUGUUUUAUAUCACUGUGCUUUUUAAGAGAAAUGACAUUGAGAAGCAGCAAGUUGCUUUUAGUUGAACACACAUCCUGAAAUAAACUGUGGACCAAUCAUUACAACCUGCUAGACAGUAUUGAUUUUUCAAGAAACCUAUGGACAUCGCUCUGAAAGCAUACGUAGGUCUUGGAAUAAUUUUUUAAGAAAAUAUUUAAUUUUUUCUACACGCUCAAAGAAAACAGUAUGAUACAAGGAAUAGUUCAGUGUGAAAUGAAAAACAGUACUGUCUGAGUUACUUCACUUUUACUGUCCACAUUCAGGCACACAUUAUAACUUUUCAGAGCUGGUUUGCUUAUUAAGAUUGUAGGGAUUUGCAUUUAAUUUUGAGAAGUACAAAUGUUUUUGCAAGUAUGCUGUUUGUAUUCAAAUCGGGCAGUCAUACUUGUGCUUUUACAUAAGGUUUGAAGGCUACACAUUGUAAAUAUUUCAUAAUUACAGUGUUUCAAAAGCAUGCUCAAACAUAGAAGUAGCAAUGUAAUUAUUCAAAGUAAUACUUAAUAUACUCUACUGCUUUAAAUGCAGUAGAUUGACAAGAAUGUGCAAGACUGACAUUUCCAAAGUUGGCUAUUAUGUAAAGUUACAUAAAGAACUAUAACAAAGAGCCUUAAUUUUAAUUUCAUAAAUCUUUAAUGCAUCACCUUUUUGUCAUUAGAAAUACGAAUUUUUUGCUUUACAUUAUUUGGUAUGUAAAUACCUUGGUUAACAACCUUGUAAACCUAUUUCAAGGUUAUUAUAAGUUGUAUAGUAUCUUGAGUGUUUUGAAAAAUCUUGAUGUUUUUUAAGUCUAGAAAUAUUUUGCCCAAGAAUUUUUUAACAAGAUUGUUAAAAACAUCUUAUUUUAGAGAAUAUUCAAUGUGCCAUUUGGUAAAUGGAGAUGCAGUUGAAACAGUACACUGAGUUGUGACUUAUUUUUAAUUAAAGUUUUUGUCUUUAUGGGUGGUUUGCAUGUGAUGAACCUGUACAGAGGCUGGGUUGUUUGUGUACUGAGUGUGUAAAUGGAUAAAUCAUGAAGAUGUUUAAAUGGUAUACUUGGGUUAUUUCUGAACAAUUUUAUGGAUACAUUGAUAUAAACUGCCUCAAUAAAUUUGAAGUUUAAAAUGAAUGUAAGGUAGAUAUAAGUACUGUGUCUUACCUAUGACAGCUAGGGGGUGCAAAUGUUUCAGCUGUAUACAGAGAUACACUGAAGCAGCACAGUUAAAUGUAGGAUUUGCAGUGAUAGUCCGGUGAAACAAGCUUGCAUGUUAAAAGAAGCAGAAGAAUAUUUUCGCUCUAAAUGAGUGUGUGAGAAGCUGUGCAUUUUCUGUUUCUUACCAUGCAGGCGUUGCAAGUUAGAGUAGGUUUUGAAAGGGAGACUUGCAGUUUUGUUAAACCCAGCCAGGUUGAGCAAUUAACAACACUUAAUGCUGUAGCAAAUCACGUGAGUUUUUUCUUCCUCUUCUGUGUGACAUACUUAGUAGUACCUUGACUUUUAGUUCAGGCUGAAAGUGAGAUAUUCUGGAAGAGCAAUCGAGGCUCAGAGGUACUUGCAACUCCAGGCUUCUAAUGCAUGCAAUAAUGACUGAGGUUAGUGUGGAACCAUAAGUGCUUGUGAUGACAGAACUGGCUAUUUAUCUCUGUUUCUCCUUUAUCGUAUGUGUAGUGUUCUUUUGCUCAAGUUAGGAAUCUCGUCUACAGGUCUCAUUUUUCUAUAAAUUCUGUAUAUAUGUGUAUAUCUACGCGAGGAUCGGCCUAUACGUUGUAGUUUGGAGGAAAAACUCACAAGUAAGUCUGCGUUUUUAUUCCACUCACACGGUUUCAAAAAAAAUCGUGAGUAGAUCAAUGAAUUUGCAAGUUGUUUUAGGAUUUCUUAGGCUUCACUUGAAAUCCGGAGCUUCUACAGAACUCAAGGUAUUUGACUUUCAGCUGUGUUCUGAGCACAUGCCGGAGUGUACGCAGUAUGUUCUGCAGGCACUAAUGAAGGUUUAGAUGUUGGAAGUACAUUGCCACAUAAGUGCCCAUAGAAGUGGGUGUAAGUUUAAGGCAAUGAUCUGUCAGGUCUCACUGUGUAGAUCGCUUUAAAUCUGAUUAAAUAACAUGCCUGCUGCAGAGCGGGGCAUUACCUGACCUGUGUUUCAGGAGGAGAGAGAGGAUAUACUUUCUCAUUUAAGCCUUUUCUCAUUGGUUUUUAUACAGCUUUUCUUUAAUGGUGAUGUUUCUUCACAGACUACUCAAGAUAUAGGAGUCUCCAGUGUCCUCUAAUGUUUCUAUAGCACUGCGAGGAGGAGUUGUAAUUGGGAUUGCUUUCUACUCGGUAGCAUUCAUAAAUGCAUAUCUGACAGUUUUUUGGCACCAAAGAGCCUCUUGCACCGUACUGCUUUUAUGAAUGACUGUUACACUGUUGUAAUUUCUCUAAUACAGAAAUCGACCACUACCUAACAGGAUUUGGAUUUCAACAAGUGUUGAUUUAUCGUGGCUUAACUUGAUGCGUGCAAUCUGAAACAAGGUUUUAAGCUGCAUUUGCAGAAAAUGUUCAAUAAAAGUGAAACGUGA